GAAAAAGUUCAUUUUUUUAAUUAAUCGAUAAUUAUCAUAUCUCUGACAUACCAUUCGAUCUUGUGUAAAUUUAUUAUCAUCAUAAAAAUUAAUAUUCCUUCUGUAAGCUGAUUGGAUAAUAAGAAUCAAAAUGUCGGAGAUACCGUCACAUAGUUUUUUGGAUGAGGAUCCAUUUUUUUCAGAGAUACUUUCCAGCCAAGCUGAUAUUGAAGAUCAAAUUCACUACCUAAAAGAGGCUUUGGACAGUGACAAAUGUAUAGAAGAAAAAUUGAAUGACAUUCAAAAUUUUCUCUCAAGCAGGAGCAUGAAAAAUGUCACAGCUGAUAUUCUAAACGACAAAGUAUUUAAUGUCACUCUCACUGCAGCCCAAAAGUUAUAUUUCGAAGUAACCAAAGAAAUUGGUGAGAAAUUGAAAACUAAAAAUGGAACAGAAGAUGACAUAAAAAAUCGGUUGAAUCUCAUGAUCGAUUUAUUGAAAUGCUGGGACACGUGCAUAAGCCAUAUGAAAACUUUGGAAAAAAUAUCGAUAAUCGCUGUACAGAGUUUUCCCUCGAGUUUGUUUGAAGUUACGAUUGAUGCUUUAAACCAUUGCAAAGCCAGUUCGGAAAACUAUGGUGACUACUUCCAAGCAGUUUGCGACACCAUCGCUGCACUUUUUCGUCACUGCGUAGCAACUUUGAACUCAUUUUAUGCUCUCUUAGAUACAGUUAUAUCUUUUGACACGAACCAAGAAGAUGAAAUGAAUGUUUUAUUAAGAAUAAUUGACGCAACUGGAAAAAUAGCAACCCUGUCCUGUGGUAUGGAUGCUAAAACUUUAACAGAAAUGUGGAAACAAUUUGGCAAACUUACCACUAUCUAUUGUUUGGCAAUGAAGGAACUUUCUCCCAGCGCCGUGACGUAUCAUCUCAAAGGACUAUCAGAAAGCAUACUUGUCGUUCUUUCUUCAAUCGGUCAGAAAAACCAAAGAUCGACUAAUGAAAGGUCGAUUCUAUGCAGCAGGUUACUGCUGAAAAUUCUGGAAAAAUUGUCGAGCGCUUACUGCGGUUGGAUAAGGAAUGAAGUGAUGAUGGAAAUCGUUAUAAUGCUUACAAAUUUGUUCAGAUAUACAGAACAAUGUUUGAAAAUGACCAGUUACACCGCUGAUUUUAUAAAGUUUAUCGUAACGAAUUUUACCUUCAUGAUAGAUCCUUUUGUUGACGUCAUGUUUAAGAAUGAUAGCUUCAAAGUGGCCUUUUUUGAGCAUGCAAAAAAUAUCAGCAAAGAGUAUCUCGGUUAUCAUUUACUUGUGUUGACAGUCAUGAAAAAAUUGUCGUCGCUCCCGUACGAAACACAGCAAGAAUGGUGGAAUGGGGAAAACUCCGUUAUAGAUGUUUGCUUUCGCAACAUUGACAGAUUAACAAAAGAUAUUUGCAUUGGAGAAUUGGAAAUACAAAUGUCUCGAGAUGCCUCGCAAGCAUCCUACUCGACGAACAUAUACGAAGCCACGUGUCUUAGUAUUUUCAGUUUGGUGUGUCAAGUUUCACGUUCAGAUUUUGAUGCACUGAUUUCCUUGCUUUUAAAGUAUUUGUUGAGUGGAAAAUAUUAUAGUGCUUUACUCUGUUCAGAUAUAUGGUGUUUUGUAUGUCGAUUAGGCUCGUCGGGGAUGUGUUACAGUACCUUCAAAUAUUUAUGGCAAAUAUACGACUUACUUGAGCAUCGCGAAAGCCACAUGAACGUUGUUAUACUUUCGAAUUUGCUUUGUCGUCAAUUUAAAUUUCUCGAUGACAAUGACAAAAAUGACUUCAUGACUGGUAUCACAAUAGCAAUAAAACCUCAUCAAUGGAGAUUAAUUGCUCGGAUGACGGAUGCCCAGAAAAAAAAACAAAUUCAACGACAAAUUGAUGCUGCAGCUGUAAAUAGCAGAAUAUCCCUUGAUUUGAAAAAUUUGGAAGAACAACCAUCUUUAUGCAAUAUGACUACCUUAAUGAAAAAUUUGUCGGUUAUCCAAGCUUGUGAAAUACAGCAGGAUGAAAAAUCGAUCGAUACUUUCGUCAAAAUGUGGAAUAAAAUUAUUCAUCUCUUGGGAGAUUGUGAAGGAGCACCUCUGCGUGCCUUACAUAGUCUCGCGAUUACGGUUGUGCGAGCAACGUUUCCUGCGCAAGGUCAAACGAAAUAUAUGACUAUGAUCCUCCAAUCAAUGGCAUCGCUAUAUCCAUACGCCUCGAGUGAAUUACACCUAGAAUUCUGUCAAUUUUUUAAUCGAUGCGCUGUACAACUGUCGGAAAACGACGCGGACACCGUUGCCGAUCUCUAUAUCCGAUUACUUAGCGACUCUAAUACCUGCGUUCAACAAGAAGCCUUCGAAAGUUUCGAACAUCUAACACGAGCUUGUCCUAAUGGUAAUUUGCUUGCCUCGGUUGCUAUGACUAUCAAGAAUGCUCAAUCCGAAGUGUCAAGGACGUUGCCGGCUUACAUAUCUGGUGAGAUGGUGCACGAAAUCGUUGGUUUUACCGAUGUAAAUGAACUGCUUGAAAUGCUGAGCAUCUUGGACGAAAAGCACGUUUGUCGUAAAAGGAGUUCGGCUGAGCGGGAAGAAAAGGUAUUUAAAUCAGAUGAGGGUACUACUAAUGGAUUGGAGGAUGUUGAUAAACGAGCAGAAAGAGUAUGUCUGGAUAUGGAGCAACUGAUAAAGAUGAAGGUGCAAAUUAAGAGAGACGUCUACGAUAGAUUGCGGCAAGUUUGUCAGAGGUUUUUAGAUCUUCAUUCAUGAAGAUUGAACAUUUUACUCUUUUGCUUUAAGGUGGACAUUUGUUCAAUAAUGCGUAAGCUUGACUCCAUUGUUAAGAAUCUUAGAGUUUGAUAUCAACUUUUUACGUUUGCUAACAGUUCUACUCAUUGUCAAUUAUAUUUUAACAAUCAAUAUUGUAUUUUAUUCAUUAUGUGAAUCAAAUCAAUCUUAUUUUUUAUAACGUAUAUCAUGAUUUUUCGA